GUCACGAUCUGGCCAGUCUUCGGUGAUGCACCGCGCUCUAUCUUCCAUAAAUAUGUAUAAAUAGCGUGCCGUAUGGAUUUCAGUUUUUUGCCGGCUUUUCCUUAGGCUGCCAUCAGGGGAAUUUCAGUCAGUUGACUGAAAAUUUGAGUUUUGUGCCAUUUGGGAUUCAAACAGACAGUUUCAGUUUUGGUAUGGAAAAUUUAAACAGUACUCCAUGACAUGGGUCAGAAGGCCUCCCGAAGCGACCAUUACUUCCAAUCAACCUUUCUGGGAGCUAAAAAGCAGAACCAAAGACACCAGGAGCCGAUCAAGUUCCAAUACAAGACCACCAAGAAGAAGCCCGAAAGGCAACGGUUUGAGCAGUUCGGUUUCGGCACGUUCAGCCGCUUGAAAAGUGUCCUUAGUGGUGUUAAAAGUGCUGAACUGAAGACGCAGCCGAGCAAACCGGCAGAGAUUCUCAAGAGCUCCAAAGAUGCCUCCAUAGGGAAGUUGAUGAAGAAUGAAGAGAGAAAGCGGAAGAGGCGCUUGAAGGAGGAGUCUUGGAAGCGAGUGCCGACGAGGACAAACAGCGAGCCCAAUCUGAAGAGUGCGAGAGUGCGAGGACGGAGCAGGUCGAAGCAGCGCAAACAUAAUGCCCGGUUUGGGUAUGAUAUUGAAAAUGUUGAUGAGUUUCUUUCAAAGGCCACUUUAAGCAGACCGGCCAAUAUACCGGUCGUUCUCGCUUUUCCCAGCGUGCUUUAUCAGACGAGAAUCGUCGGUUAUCAUUCGGAGGUUUCCUUGCCACUGGGGAUGGUGGUUAAUGCAAUUUUCCGCAACCAAAACUGGCUGUAUGUACAAACGCCGCAUGCUGAAGAGGGAUACGUUGCAUAUUCCUCUUGCUUACCUCUGGGCAUCAUUCCUCCCGCACAAGACGACAACUCAUCCCCCUGCUGGGAGAAGUCGACCGAUAUAUUCCCCAAGCCAUCAGGGAACAUGACCGACACUGAGAAAAUGAGCUGCAAAUCCGAAACUGAAGAUGAAUCCGAUUUCUGCCCGAGAACGCGGUAUCGAGCAGCCUUCAGCACUUGUGGGGAGAAAAGUGUGGAUCGGCUCUACUUAAGAGCAGCGGCCAUAGCCAAAGGAAGAGGCAGCAGACACACGCUCCUGGUUAUUAAUGAAGACUACAAAAGUGGGGGCGAAAAGACACUAAAAGUGGCGCGGAAUGAAGUGGUGUUCCUGCUCGACGUCAGCACAAAGGGAUGGUUCUACGUGAAGAACAAGGAAGGACUGGAAGGGUACAUUCCUUCAGCAGUGGCUGGGCAUGGAUUUUUGUAAUUUUGUGGCGAAAUAAUCGGCCUAGCAACAGCGGCAAUUUCAAUAAGAGCGGAGCCAAUAGAAAACCAGAAGUAUUUUAGCUAGUUUAAGAACUUCCUUCCUUUGGUCAAUUUUAACCGACCUGCCCAUGAUUUGCACUCGUAAUCUCAUUAAAAUAUUGAAUUAUUGUUGGUUAUUAACGUUAAUAUUAAAAAGGGUUUAUACAUCAGA